AUGCCGUCGGACCAGCAGCGCGGAGACCUGACCGCCGUGGCGGCUGCCGCCCCCGGCCGCGGUAUGGGGCGGCGGGCGGUCGCGUGCUGCUGGGCGCUGUGCCUGCUGCUCGUUCUCAGCUGCCUGCGCGCCUCCGCCGACGGUGCAAGAACAAAAUGUGAGGAAUCCCAAUUCCCAUGUAGUAAUGGACGCUGUAUUCCUUUACUCUGGAAAUGUGAUGGUGAUGAAGACUGCUCAGAUGGCAGUGAUGAGAGUGCUUGUGUGAAGAAGACAUGUGCUGAAUCUGAUUUUGUGUGCAUCAGCGGUCAGUGUGUGCCUAACAGAUGGCAGUGUGAUGGGGAUCCGGACUGUGAAGAUGGGUCUGACGAGAGUGCUGAACUGUGUCAUAUGAGAACAUGCCGGGUAAAUGAAAUCAGCUGUGGUCCUCAGUCAACCCAGUGUAUCCCAGUAUCCUGGAAAUGUGAUGGUGAAAAAGACUGUGACAGUGAAGAAGAUGAAGAGAAUUGUGGCAAUGUAACUUGUAGUCCAGCAGAGUUCACAUGCAGCAGUGGGCAGUGUAUUUCCAAGAGCUUUGUCUGCAAUGGUCAAGAUGACUGCAGUGAUGGUAGUGAUGAGCUGGAGUGUGCACCUCCUACCUGUGGAGUUCAUGAGUUCCAGUGCAAGAGUUCCACUUGCAUCCCCAUCAGCUGGGUGUGUGAUGAUGAUGCUGACUGCCCUGACUACUCGGAUGAAUCUCUAGAGCAAUGUGGCCGCCAGCCUGCACCUCCUGUGAAGUGCUCUGCCAGUGAGGUGCAAUGCGGCUCAGGUGAAUGUAUCCACAAAAAGUGGCGCUGUGAUGGAGAUCCUGACUGCAAGGAUGGAAGUGAUGAAGUCAACUGCCCUUCUCGGACCUGCAGACCAGACCAGUUCAGAUGUGAAGAUGGGAACUGCAUCCAUGGGAGCAGGCAGUGCAACGGUGUGAGAGACUGUCUGGAUGGCACUGAUGAAGCAAGUUGUAACAAUGUUAUUCAGUGCUCUGGACCUGGCAAAUUCAAGUGCAGAAGUGGAGAAUGCAUAGAUGUCAAUAAAGUGUGUAACCAGCAGAGAGACUGCAAAGACUGGAGUGAUGAGCCUCUCAAGGAGUGUAACAUAAAUGAAUGUCUGGUGAACAAUGGUGGAUGCUCUCAUAUCUGCAGAGAUCUUGUUAUUGGCUAUGAAUGUGACUGUCCAGCUGGGUUUGAGCUUUUGGACAGGAGAACCUGUGGAGAUAUCAAUGAAUGCCAGAACCCUGGUAUCUGUAGUCAAAUCUGUAUCAACCUGAAAGGGGGCUACAAAUGUGAAUGUAGCCGUGGCUAUCAGAUGGAUCUUGCUACUGGGGUGUGCAAAGCAGUGGGGAAAGAACCAUGUCUAAUUUUCACCAACCGCCGGGAUAUCAGGAAGAUUGGCCUUGAGAGGAAAGAAUACAUUCAGCUAGUAGAGCAGCUAAGAAACACUGUAGCUCUAGAUGCUGAUAUUGCUAAGCAAAAGCUUUACUGGGCUGACUUUGGCCAAAGAGCAAUCUUCAGUGCCUCUCUUGAUACCCGUGAUAAAGUUGGAACACAUGUCAGAAUCCUGGACAACAUACACAGCCCUGCAGGAAUUGCUGUUGACUGGGUUUAUAAGAACAUCUACUGGUCUGACUCAACUGCAAAGAGCAUUUCAGUGGCUAGCCUAGAUGGCACAAAAAGAAAGGUUUUGUUUUUCUCUGAGCUGAGAGAGCCAGCUUCUAUUGCUGUAGAUCCUCUCUCUGGCUUUAUGUACUGGUCAGACUGGGGUGAGCCAGCAAAAAUUGAAAAAGCAGGAAUGAAUGGAUUUGACAGACAGCAGCUUGUGACAACAGAAAUCCAGUGGCCUAAUGGAAUUGCUCUAGAUCUUGUAAAAAGCCGUCUGUACUGGCUUGAUUCUAAACUACAUAUGCUGUCAAGUGUGGACUUUAAUGGUCAGGACCGUAGAAUUGUGCUGAAGUCUCAUAUGUUCCUUCCUCAUCCUCUUGCUCUAACAAUAUUUGAGGACCGUGUGUACUGGAUUGAUGGAGAGAAUGAGGCAGUCUAUGGUGCCAACAAAUUUACUGGAUCUGAAUUGGUUACCCUAGUGAACAACCUCAAUGAUGCACAGGACAUCAUUGUGUAUCAUGAACUUGUUCAGCCUUCAGGCAGGAACUGGUGUGAAGAGAAUGUGGCAAACGGAGGCUGUAGCUACCUGUGCCUGCCUGCUCCUCAGAUAAAUGAACACUCUCCAAAGUACACCUGUGCAUGUCCUGUUGGAUACUUCUUGCAGGAGGAUGGUCUGAGAUGUGCAGGAUUCAACAGGAGUGGUACAACAUCUGGAAUUGUUAUAGCUGGAGGAACAUCAGCAGCUUGGUCUGUUCUUCCUGUCUUGUUGCUGAUGAUGGCUGCAAUGGCUGGCUACUUCAUGUGGCAUAACUGGCAGCACAAGAACAUGAAAAGCAUGAAUUUUGAUAAUCCUGUCUACCUGAAAACUACAGAAGAGGACAUCACAAUUGAUAUUGGAAGACACAGCAGUUCAGUAGGACACACCUACCCUGCAAUAUCUGUUGUAAGCACAGAUGAUGAUAUGGCGUGAGCACUGGAUCAGGAAUCUUUUUCCGGUUUACUUGUGUUUUACACUCUUUGGGGAUAGUAACCAGGUUUGUGGCUGAAAGACUUCCUCCAUUCUUGGAAGAAAGAAGAUACUUUCUGUAUGUAUGGAACACUUACGUAAAUAGCUGUUUUAUACAGCUUAACAACAAACUCUGUAAAUAGCUGUCCACAACAAUUCAGCUUUUAGUGGUUACCGUUUUAUCUGUAACCCUUGGAUUGUCAGUCAGUAACACCACUGACCAAAUAUAAAGCACUUUCCAUAGAAAGCCAUAUUCCAGCCACAACUUGUAACACCUGUACAUAUAUGUAUAGGCCACUUGUAAAUAUUAUUCUUGGAAAAUCACUAUCAAGCACUUUGAAAUACUUCAAAUAUAAAUUGUUGUACACUGUCUUUUUCAAUGAUUGGGGCAAUGGCAAUAGGAAAAAACGGGUUACUAUGAUUGCCAAAAAUUUGUAAACAUAAGUGAUUUUAUAUGUAUGAUUGAAACAAUCUUGUCUGUUAUCUCUUAGAGGUAUACAGGUAUGAAUGCUCUUUUAAGAAACCACUGUAAAUCUUAAAUGCAGAGAAGGGGAAAAAUAAAAAAAAAAAAAGCAGUUAAA